UCGCUGCUACCCGUUCUUAGCUCACGCCCCGUUGAAAUCGACUCUCUUCUGCCUCUCCGGCUUUGUACCCAGGGCUGAAGCCACGCUGCGGCUACUUUCAUCAGAACACCGGGGCUGCUUAUCAUUCAAUAAUGGCCCUUCACGUCCCCAAGGCUCCGGGCUUUGCCCAAAUGUUAAAAGAUGGUGCAAAGCACUUCUCAGGUCUUGAAGAGGCAGUGUUCCGCAACAUCAGAGCAUGUAAGGAGCUUUCUCAAACCACUCGCACCGCCUAUGGACCUAACGGUAUGAACAAAAUGGUAAUCAACCACUUGGAAAAGCUGUUUGUCACCAAUGAUGCUGCAACCAUCCUCCGCGAGCUCGAGGUGCAACACCCAGCAGCCAAAAUGAUCGUGAUGGCUUCGCACAUGCAAGAGCAGGAAGUGGGAGAUGGAACCAACUUCGUCCUGGUGUUUGCUGGGGCUCUACUGGAGGUGGCUGAGGAGCUCCUCAGAAUGGGAUUAUCUGUAUCAGAGGUGAUUGAAGGCUAUGAGAAGGCCUGCAAGAAAGCCCUGGAGAUCCUGCCGGACUGCGUUUGCUCAUCAGCCAAGAACCUCCGCGAUGUCAACGAGGCGGCUUCCUACAUCCGCACCGCCGUCAUGAGCAAACAGUACGGCAACGAGGACUUUUUUGCCAACCUUAUCGCUCAAGCAUGCGUUUCCAUUUUCCCAGAGUCCGGCAGUUUCAAUGUUGAUAACGUCAGAGUAUGCAAAAUCUUGGGUUGUGGGGUGACUGCAUCAUCCAUGCUGCACGGAAUGGUCUUUAAGAAGGAGGCAGAAGGAGACGUCACAUCUGUUAAGGACGCCAAAAUCGCUGUGUUUUCCUGCCCGUUUGACUGCAUGGUGACAGAAACAAAGGGAACAGUGUUGAUAAAUAACGCACAGGAGCUCCUGAACUUCAGUAAGGGAGAGGAGGACCUGAUGGAGUCUCAGGUCAAAGGCAUCAAGGAAGCCGGCGCCACCGUGGUGGUAACGGGAGGCAAAGUGGCCGACAUGGCGCUCCACUACGCCAACAAGUACAAGCUGAUGGUGGUCAGGCUGAACAGCAAGUGGGACCUCCGGAGGUUAUGCAAGACUGUGGGCGCUGUCGCUCUGCCCAGAAUAACCGCUCCCACCCCAGAUGAAAUGGGCCACUGUGAUAACGUGUACUUGACAGAAGUGGGAGACACUCAGGUGGUGGUUUUCAAACACGAAAAAGAAGAUGGAGCCAUUUCAACAGUGGUGAUCCGAGGCUCCACUGAUAACCUGAUGGAUGACAUUGAGAGAGCUGUCGACGAUGGAGUCAACACCUUCAAGGUUCUGGUCAGGGACAAACGGCUGGUCCCUGGGGGAGGAGCCACAGAGAUUGAGCUGGCCAAGCAGAUCACCUCAUAUGGAGAGUCCUGCCCUGGUCUGGAGCAGUAUUCUAUCAAAAAGUUUGCCGAUGCCUUCGAGGCGCUGCCCCGCGCUCUGGCCGAGAACUCCGGGGUCAAAGGAAAUGAGCUCAUUUCUAAACUGUACGCUGCUCAUCACGAGGGGAGCAAAAACACAGGCUUCGACAUAGAGGGAGAGGGCCCUGCAGUGAAGGACAUGCUGAAAGCUGGCAUCCUGGAGCCAUACCUGGUCAAACACUGGGGCAUCAGGAUGGCCACCAAUGCUGCUAUCACAGUGCUGAGAGUGGAUCAGAUCAUCAUGGCUAAGCCUGCAGGGGGACCCAAAACUCCCAAACAGAGAGGCCAUUGGGACAAGGAUGGUUGGGAUGAGGAGCCUGAUCACUUUGACACCCAUUAGUGGGCUCUCACACACAGAGCCUCCCUCAAUCAUCAUGGCCAAACCAGCAGGGGGCCCCAAACCUCCAGAGGGCAAGAAGAACUUUGAUGAAGAUGACUGAAGCUGAUGGCUCCCAGCUGAUGCUCCAUUCACCCACAUUUUCUACUUGUUUAUUUAAAGCUCCGUUUUGUUCUAUUUUGUAGGAACUGCAUUGGUUGACAAAGUAAAACCACGAAAGUAAAAAAAAAAA